GCUGCUGUCACACCGCCUUUCUCGUUGGGCAGCAUGACGACGGCAACGCGACCGCGCGGGCUCAAGCUCUCGUUCUUCCGCCACUUUAUCGAGGCGCACGGCGGGACGUUUGCGUUCCAAGGCCUCUCGACCGCCGACGUCUGCGUCCAGUACGUCAUUCCGUACACUGCCGCGCUGCAGACCUCGGUCGUCGACCACGUGGCGCUCACCGCGCCGUCCUUUGGUGCGGACGCGACGUGGUACGUCUCGCACGCGUGGCAGUACCUCUUCCUCGACACGCUGGCGUCGCUCGAGGCCUUCUUCGCCGCCAAAGACUUGGACGAUCCUUCCGUGUGGUUUUGUCUCUUCAACAACAACCAGCACCGGACGGACGACAAGCCGUUCGAGUGGUGGUCGUCGACGUUCCGCGAGUCGCUCGCGGCCAUCGGCAACGUCGUCAUGGUACUGCACCCGUGGAAGAACCCGCUGACGCUAACGCGCGCGUGGUGUGUCUUUGAGGUCUACGCAUCGAUCUGCGUCGGCGCCACGUUUGAGCUUGCCCACAUGGACCGCGCAGCGUUCUUGCGCGACAUGCAGACAAGUCCGGGCACGUUCUUGGAGAUGCUCGGCACGAUCAGCAGCGAGAAGGCGCAGGCGACGAUAGCCUCGGACAAGGCCAGCAUCGACCGCGCGAUCGUCGACCAAGUCGGGUACACCAAGCUCGACCGAAUGGUGCUGACGCUGCUAGAAACAUACGUCAAGGACACGUUGCGCGCGCAAGUUGAGAUCGCGACCGACGACGCCAACAAGGCGCUUUGGGCUAACGCGCUCGCCGAGACGCACCACGUGCUGAGCGAAAUGGCGUUGGCGCGCGACUGGUAUACGGUGGCGACCGCCUACGGCACCACCGGGCUCGGCCCUUACCACGAAAUGACACUGUCCUCGCGGGGGGCCGCGGCGCUCAUGCGCGGUCUCCUCAUGGAGCCGAAAGAGGUGUGGGAGCCGGAGCUCCUCGCGACGAUCGACGCGGCGACAACGCACCUCGGUGACGAGAGCGAGGCUCUGAGCAUGACGCUGCACAGCCUCGGUGUGCUCUACGCCCACCACGGACUCCACGAAGAAGCCGUCCCGAUGGCGCAAGCGUGCUACGACCGGCUCGUGCGCACGAAAGGCCUCGACGACCUCGACACGAUCACGACGAUGGGCCAUCUUGGGAACUCGUACAACCGCAUCGGCCAAGUGGCGAAGGCUGAAGAGUACCUCCUCCUCGCCUACGAGCGCAAGGUCACUGUGCUCGGCGAAGACCACGCACGGACGUUGGUGUCGCUCCAGCACCUCAUGACGCUCUACAACGAGCAAGGCAACGUUGAGCGCGCAAUGCCCCUCGCGCUCGCGGCCACCGAGCGUCUCGAUCGCGUGCUCGGGUCUUCGCAUGAGAACACGGUCAUCGCCAACUUUACGUUGGCCGAGCUCCUGCGCAAGCAAGGCCAGUACGCAGAGGCCGAGGCCAAGCUGCUGUCGCUGCUAACCGUGGCCAAGACUGCGUUUGGCGACGACACGAUCAACGUUGUCUUCAUUGAGAUGCUCCUCGGCAUGGUCUAUGCCUCGACAACGCAGUGGGACAAGGCGGCCGCGUACUUGGACCAUGCUGUAGCGAAGCGACUUGCGUGGUAUGGUCCGACGAGCCCCAAGUACGACGUUGUCCUGCUCCGGCAGUACUGGCAGCGACAGCGCGCGGGCCGCUUCGACUCGGUCCACGCGAUCGAUGCAUUCCUCGCAGCGUUGAGCGCGGCCAACAUCAAGAACGACGCCUGGGGCUCCAUGCGCUGCGUCACGUGCACGGCCAAGAUCCACGGCAACCUCUUCUACUGCGGCGCGUGCCCGCCUUUUCUGCGCUACUUUUGCGCCACCUGCGUGGACGCAAGUGCUGCGACGUACUGCGAUCACGGCCGCGAUGCGUGUGCAAGCUUGGCGCCACCGUCGCAAGCGUUGACCGCCCAACGGCAAUUGCUCGUGCCAGUCGCAACGACGUCGGUUGCGCCGCCUCAUGUGGCUUUUCCAGCGACCGAUGCAGCAGCGGGAAGCGUCCAGGCUCAACCGCUCGCGUCGCCAAAGCCUCGACGCUCGUGGUGGCGCUGUUGCUGAUGGUCUGGACGAUGUAAUACCUCUGUCAAUGCCACGGGUGUGAGUGCACUGACACCGUGUCGACGACCGCGUCAACCCAGAGACGAUCUUGCCGGCAUUCGUUCAGGGUGCAAUUGUCCCAUAAAGCUAGCCAUCUCUACCCUUCGAACAUGGCCAACGCCGAC